UCUAACCUGGACAUCAUCUUGGCGCUUGAUAACUCGCCUUGCGAAGUGGAUACUGUUUAUACUGUUAGAUUCUUUCAUUUUAUGUAAAGCUACGUCGCGAAUGAGCAUAAAUACAUUACUAUUUUAAAAUUGUUAUCAAUUGAAUCAAUAAUGGAAACAAAAAUAAAAACUUGUUAGAUAAAUGUUAUUUUUUCACUAUAGGUCAAAUGGCUGUAGUCUACAAGUUGUAUCAGCCGCUAUGGUCCUGGCAAUACAAAUUUUAUAGAAGCACAUGCCUGUUAAAGCAAAUAGCAAAUACUAGAAAAAUUUUUCCUUUAAACAUUAUUAUUUCUCAAAAUGUUGAUAUCUGUAACAGAAUCAUGAACGAAGAUAUCUCAAAUACAGAAUGGCAAAGUAUACGAGAAAACUUUCUCCAACUUGAAAAAGUAACACCUGCUGUAGUAGAUUCUACAAUUAUGGAUAUAUGUCUUCAGAAACUCCAUGUAGACAAUGCUAUUAGAUAUUUCAAAUUUCUUAGAGAAUACAAUUAUUCCUUAAAUGUGGGAAUACUUGGAAAAUAUCUAAGACUCUAUUGUAUGAAACAUGAUUCACUGACUGAUAUGGAUAAAGCAGAAAUUGUUGAAACUUAUAAUGCCUUGAGGGAAAAAUACCCUUAUUUAGAUUCUAUCACAGCUGAACAUUGCAUAAUAAGCCUGUGUUUAACAGAUCAGUGGGAAAGAGCAUUUGAAUUGAUAGAAAUGAUGAAGCUUACUAACUCUCCAGGCACAGCUGUAUAUUCUGCAUUAGCUAGUGCAGCAUUUAAAAAUAGAAGACCUGAUGUUGCAUGGAAAGCAAUGUCAGCAAUAGCAUUACGCAAUCUGAUUCCACAAACUAUUGCAUAUAAAUCAUAUUUGACAUAUUGUGAGUUGGAGGGAACAGCAGAGGCAUUUAGCAGCAGACUAGAAGAAAUGUUAAAAUUUUGGUCUGAAUACAACAUUGUGCCACAAUAUAGCAUCAUACAUAUGUAUGCUAGUACAGCUACAAAGUAUGGCUGGUCAUCAGCAUCUACAAUAAUGUCCAACAUAAAAUGUUGCAAACAUUGUGGUCAUUCUUUAUCCAAGAUAACAUUCAACAAACAAAAUUUCCAAGAACUAGCUGAAUUCUUCAUGAACAGAGUGAUCAUAGGAUCAGAUAUUUAUCACAAGACCAAUCCAAAUGAGUUGAAUAGAUUUAAGACAUUCAUCGAAAAAACUAAACCCUAUGAUAUUGUUAUUGACGGACUUAAUUUGAUUUACAUUCAAAAAAAUGACAAGUCUAUGUCACAAGUGUUAAAAAACGUGAUUGACUAUUUCAGCACACAUAGAAAAAAGAUACUUGUGUUAACGCGCAAACAUCAAAAGAAACUGCCUAUUUUAAACUAUGUACAACAAAAAGCAACUGUCUUUUUCAUAGAUAAUUUGUCUGCUGAUGAUCCUUACAUACUUUAUGCAACCAUGGCUAGUGGACAUGAUGCAAUGUUUGUGUCACAAGAUUUAAUGCGGCAACACAAACAUAGCUUAAAAGAUAUUCGCUUGCAACAAGAUUUCACGAAGUGGCAGUGUUCGCAUCAAUAUUUAGUCAAAAAAAGUAAACCUACUUUCUAUGUACAAGAGCCUUUUAUUUUUAUGCCAACUGUGCAAAAAAAUAAUGAUUGCUGGCAUGUGCCUUAUGUCAGUGAUGACUGUACUUCUACCGAAUUGCAUGAAUUUCCAAAAUCAUGGUACUGUUUGAAACAGUUACAGAGUAAUAGACAAAUAAAGGAUUAAUAAUAAGUCAAUCUUAUUCUUUUAUUUACAUUAAAAGAAU